AUGAUAUCGAAGAACACAAUCAAAACCCGGGUGAUUCCUAAGAAUUCCGGAAUUGAUAAUUAGAUAGAAUGCAGAGAACUGAUUUUGAUAAAAAAAAGAUUCGUUAAUUCUGAAGAAUAUCAAAUUAGAUCUGAAAAAGAGUUGGAAUAAUAUCAAACUCUCAAAUUACCCAAUUGGGAAAACUCAAAGAUGGAAAUAGUCCACAAAUCAUAGCAACCAAAUAUGGAAACUAAUACUGCCCUGUAUCAAAUAUAUAUGUGAAAGUUACUCUUUUUGGACAAAAAUUGAACUAAAAAGAAUAUCUUUGUAUAUUAUACUUUUGGGGCAUAAUGUAUGGGUGAGAAUGGAAUCUUGGAGCUUAAUUUAUUUUCUGCCUUAUCCUGUUCAAUAACUAUUUAUUAUGUUAGAAAUUGGAUUAAUUAUUUUUUAUUUUCUUUUUUUGGUUUAUUUAGCAGGAGAAGAGAUUUUUUUAUAUUGUAAUGUAAAACGGAAAGAGUGAUAGAUAAAUUACAUUUCUCAAGAGUUGGAUAGGGGAAGGAAUGUAUAUUUGAUAUUUGGUGGAAUAGUUGGUGAAGAGAGUCAAUUAUGGAAAUGGAUUAUCUGAAUUUAGUGAACUCUGAUAUGUAUUUUGACUUAGAAUGUGCUAGGACCAAGGAUAAACAGUUAGAUGAGGAAUUUGCGUUUGUAAAACAGCUGGAGAAGGAAACAGAUAUUGAACAGUCAUACAAGGAUUUGCUGCUCUGUCAUCUAACUAAGGAGGUAAGGUUUGUGCCAAGUAAGAGGAAAAAUGAAAAAGAUGAUAUCAGUGAGCAUGAUGAAGACUGGAGUCGCGAGGAGAAUGAUCCCCAGUAUGAGCUUUUCUUGCGCAAUCUUGAGAAGCAUGAAAAGUCUUAUGUAUUCAACCACAAGAAAAAUGGGUCGUGUCUUUUCAUUAGAUAUGAAGAAGAUAGUGAUUCAGAAGAUGAUGACUCUGAUCCAGAGUCUCAGAGAAAAUUAACAGAUCACAAGCCCCGGAGAAAGCUAACAAAUACUGUCGAGGGAGAGAAAAUUGAAGCUAUGAGAUGCUCAAGUGAUUCAAUAAUGCCAGAUUCUGACUAUCUUUUUUUUAUGCAAAAUACUAAAAUUGAAGGUGAUUAUCUUAUAUUGUCGCACGAUGAUGGUACGAUAAUAUAUGAGAAGGAUGGUAUUGUGAUUAGCCCGGAAAAGGGGGACAAUGAUGAUGGUCUGGAAAUUCUAGACAUUGCUCCAGCUUGGAAGGAUGAAACCGAAAAUUUUAUCUUUAUAGAGCAGGACAGUUCAAAAAUGCACUCUGACUUCAGGGAAGAACUCGUGUGUAUUCUUCAAAAACAAUAUGAUAGAGAGGAGUACAAAAAGCUUCGGAAAGACGUUGAAGUCCGUAAGGCAGCACUUCGCCAUAGGGAGUUGCGUAAUGGGAGGGAAAACGCGUACUCUACAGAUAAAGCUGGAAAAUCUUAUCUUGAUCGCUAUCCUGAUCUUAAGGAAGCACUUAUAAGAUGCCAAGAUGACAAACCAAGAUGCUUGAACCUCUUGCGUGGAUUCUUCUUUUGGCUUCAAUGUCUAACUAGGGAAGGAGCAUUCAAACCAUGGAAGGACCAAGAAUGCCUAGCAGUGGAGCCAAUACGUUGCCCCCCUCUCGAUCCUGAGCGAAAAAUCAAACAAGCAAUGAAGUGAUGUACUGAAAGAAACUUAUGCUUUUGGGGGAAUGUAUUUUCUUUAAUCUCGUUUUAUGGAGGUUCUAUGCUAUUUUCAACAGAGUAGCAGUUUCUUAAAAUACUGAAUUCGGACUAGUUUUGUUAAUAUCUCUGAUAAUCCAUUUGUACAUAUCAACAAUCUGUUUCUCUGGGUGUGAAUUUGUUGGCUU